AUGACAAAGUAUGACAUAAUGUUUGCUCCACCACAACUUGGUUCAACUCUACCAGCACCUAGUCUUAUUCCAUUAAAUUUAGAGUCAACAUUACCCAGUUUCAAAGAAUCAACUUAUCGUAAUAGUAAAUUAUCAUCUACAACCUCCUCGUCGAAAAAACCUACACCAAAUCCCGAUUUGUUACGUGAAUUAAACGCACGCUAUUUACACGAUAUUAAUAUCCAACGUGCUGCUGCAGUUGCAGCCUGCAAUGAUUCUCAAGCAUCAUUAUUAGUUGGUUCAUCGACGUAUCUUCGUGCUGAACAUUAUCAUCAACAUACACAUACUCAUGAACAUAAUUUAAAUAUCCUUGCACCAGCUUCGAAUAGUGUAUCAACGUCUUCGACAUCAGCCGCCGCCACAACAUCGACAACGACAGCCUCAAACAUUAACCCAUUGCUUGAUAAAUUAUCAAAACCAGAUGGUUUAUCUCCCUUUCUUCGCACAAGCGUAAAUCUAUCGUCUUCAUCGUCAAUGACGCCGACUUUAACAACGUUUCCAAGUACUUUAACUCCAUUCAGUUUCACUAACAACAACAACAGUAGUAGUCCUACGGCAGUAUCAACGGGCUCAUCAUCAAAAGAUUUAUCUUCUCCAAUGCCAUUAACAACUUCCAAAAAGCCUGGUAAAUGGUGUGCAGCGCAUGUUCGAAUAUCUUGGCUCAUUUACCAUCAUCAACAACGUACAAAAUCAUCUGACAAAGAUGAUACAGCAGUUAAAAAUAGCUCACUACUACCAGAUUUGUUAUCAUCAACAACAAAGGGCGAACAACAAAAUACAUCGUCUUCAAAUCCUUAUCAAUCAUUACUACCACCGUUGCCUUCACCUGUCACACCAUCUUUAUUCAAUUAUCGUCCAUUCGAUUUAGCUACAUUACCAAACAGUUUUCCACCUCCAACUCCCCUGGGUAUGCCAUUUCCCGGUCGAGCAAGCGGUCCAAAUGCGUUUGGAGGUCUUGGAUCGUUAUUUCCUGACAGAAAAGAUAAUUCGUUAGCUACAGCAGCCGCAUUUGGACUUGACUGGACACGUUUUCAUCGAGGUUUAGGACCGUUAAUGCCACCGUAUUCAAAUAAACCCCUAGACCUCCUGGAUCCUUCAUCAAUUUUAGGAAAGAAAAUGGAAGACGAAAGAAAACGCCAAGAAGAUGACCGCGAGCGUGAUCGUUGUAUAUUAGAACGUGAACGUGAACGUGAACGUGAACGUGAACGUGAACGAGCGAAUCGUUUAUCUUUGAAUAAUUCUACAUCGGACCGUCAUGAUGUUCGUGAUCGUGUAGUGGAUCGUUUACAUCAUCCACACUUGUCCUAUCUACCAUCGCAUUUAACGAAUAAUUCGACAUCGAUGUCAAAUCGAUCACGUUCUCGUUCUCCGCAUCACAAUCAAAAUCACAAAGAUCAAUACAAAACAACAUC